CCCCAUUUUCAUUAUAUCCACUAUCCCUGAAAGUUCAAAAAUAUAUCUUAUACAUCUUUUCAAAAUCGCAAAAAAAAGAACAACAUAGUAGAAAAAAUGGCUGGUGUACCACAAGACUCCGAUGACUUUCGUAUGGUAUGUCCACCCGUUAACAAAGAAGAUGGUCGGCUACCACGUAAGUACACCGACGAAGGUCAAGGCACGAAGUGCCGAAUGUCUCCUCCGAUCGAGUGGUAUAAUGUUCCGGAGGGGACUAAAAGCUUGGCUUUAGUGGUGGAAGAUAUUGACGCACCUGACCCGAAUAGUCCGAUUGUUCCGUGGACUAUUUGGGUGGUGGCGCAUAUCCCACCUACUUUAAAGGGCUUGCCCGAGGAGUUCUCGGGCAAGUCACAAGAAUUAGGUGGUGAGUAUGAGAAUAUUGUGGAAGGGAAUAAUGAUGAUAAGGUGCCUGGAUGGCGUGUGCCCACUAUGCCUAGUCAUGGACAUCGAAUUGAGUUUCGAUUGUAUGCUCUUGAUGAUGAGGUUCAUUUGGGCAAGACGGUGACAAAAGAGAGGUUGCAAGAUGCGAUACAAGGUCAUGUAAUUGGAGAAGCAGCAAUGAUCGCCGUCUUUUGAUGAGAUGAUUUCCGAUGAUUCUGUUUUGAGUUUUGUUAUGCAACUUCUUCAUUGUAAACAAUCUCUACCUUUUCAAGUUUACAUGAUGCGUACAUGUUUGCUAUCGUGGAUGAUGGAAUAAUUUUGUAAACGAGUUACGUUGACGAUCAAUGCUAUGCUUUCACUUUGCGGA